CUACUGUGAUUACUUCCACACCGAAGUUGGUAUAAAUAUAUGAUAAUGGAUUAUUGAACUUACAUUUCAUCUUUGUUUGAGUCUUGAAUGAAAAAGAGUGACAAUGGCUGCUUUCUCCACAAAGUUAGCGAAAAAACACGGUCUCCGGUCCGUCAGCUUCCCUGCUAGCUCACAUCCGAGCACACUUAGAUUGGAAGAGGAGCUGAAUAAGCGUGGGUCUCGGCACGGUGCUUCAUCGUCCAACGGUGAAACACUUUGCACUGGUUUAUUUGGUCUAGCAGAAUUGUAUAUAUGCAUAGAGGAUCUUUUAAAUUUGCCACUCACUCAACAAGCUUUAGCUCAACAUCACAAUGAACAAUGGCAAAAUGCAUUGCUAGAUUGUUCAUUAAAGCAAUUGGAUCUAUGUAGUAACACGAAGGAUGCCGUUUCUUCAAUGAAACAAAGUGUUCGAGAGCUUCAAUCGGCUCUCCGACGAAGCAAAGCCGGAGAGCAAAGCAUUGAAACCAAUAUUAAUAGUUACAUUACCACUAGGAAGAUUAUGAAAAAAGAAAUCGCGAAUUCACUUGCAUCAUUGAAGCGAAUGGACAACAUAUUCGGAGAUUUUCCUCAGUUAGAACAACACCAUCAUCUCGCCGCGGUCAUUAGUUUGCUUCGAGAAGCAACCGUGAUCACCGCUUCCGUUUUCCACGCCCUUCUUUCAUUCCUUUCUCCUUCGUCGCUGAAACCAAAGUCUUCGAAAUGGUCAUUGGUUUCGAAGUUGGUCCAGAAGGGUUCGACAACAUGCAAAGACGAGCGGAAAAUGAAUGAGUUAGACAGAACUGACAUCGCGGUUAGCAACAUAUUACCGCAGAGCUCGAAAGAAGAUUCCGAGGAAACGAAAAUCGAAUCCGCAAUGGUAAAUUUGGAAUCUUUGGAUUCUAUCUUUGAAAAUCUUGAAGAUGGCUUAGAGUGUUUGUUUAGGAGCUUGCUUCAUACUAGAGUUUCUUUCCUAAAUAUACUCUCUCAUUAGCAAAACAUCAUAUAUAUAUAUAUAUAUAUAUAUAUAUCCUCCAAUCUAUUGAGAUUUGAGAGGUGGAUCAACAACAUUGAAAUGUAUUCUAAAAUGUCUUCACUUAUGGGACAAUAUGUACAGCUCUUAUUAGUACUUAGGAUGCAUUUGUACAUUUUGUGAGUUCCAUUAUUAAUUCAAGCACUAAUUUGUACUUUUAUG